AAGUCACUUGACAUCUCAUUCACAGGUUGGCCUCGGCAGAUGUUAUUGAAUUUGGAGAAGAGUAUGAUGUGAAGAAAGAGUUGGAAGAGCUUAAGAAGACAAUUGAAUCUAUCAAUGAUGUGCUCCUUGACGCUGACGACAAACAAGAUCAAGUUCGUGUGCGUAAUUGGAUAUCUGACUUCAAGGAAGUACUCCAUGCUGCAGAUGAUUUCUUUGAUCACCUUGCUAUCGAAUUUAGGAAAGACAAAUUGGGUGCAGCUGAAGGAAAAGAAGUAAACAGGGUACUUCUUUCCAUUUCAUCGUCAAAUCAAUUUCCUUUAUACACUGAAAUGCCUGACAAAAUUAAACAAAUAGGAGAAAGUUUUAACGGUGUAGCAAAAGAAAUGAAGGAUUUAAAUUUGUGCCCAAGAUCUAUUAUGGUCAAGCAAACUGAUAGUGGAUGGAGGGAAACAUGUUCUUUUGUGUUAGAGACAGAUAUCAUUGGAAGAGAUGAUAGUAAAAAGGAGAUUAUCAGUCUGUUGAGACAACCUCAUGAAAACCAAAAAGUUUCGGUGAUUGCCAUUGUUGGCCUUGGUGGUUUGGGGAAGACAGCUCUUGCUCAAUUGGUGUAUAAUCACUUGGAAGUGCAGGAAUUUUUUGAAAUGCAAAUGUGGGUGUGUGUCUCUGAUGACUUUGAUGUAAAAACUAUUCUGAAGAAAAUAUUAGAAUCAAUUACUGGGGACCAAAUUGAAGUAUCAUUGGGCAACUUGCAAAGAAAACUUCAUGAAAAAAUAAGUGGUAAGAAAUAUUUGUUGGUCCUAGAUGACACUUGGAACGAUAGACAUGACAAAUGGGCUGAAUUGAGAAAGUACUUGAUGUGUGGCGCUCAAGAUAGUAAGAUUUUAGUCACAACUCGAAGUGAAAAUGUAGCAAAGGCAAUGACUGCUAGAACUUCCUAUCCUUUGAAAGGUUUGACUGAACAAGAAUCUUGGAGUCUGUUGAAGAACAUUGCAUUUGAGGACGGUUCCAGAGGAGUCAAUCAAAAUCUAGAAUCAAUAGGGAAAAUAAUAGCCAGAAGAUGUAGAGGGGUUCCACUGUCAAUUAAAACCUUGGGAGGCCUGUUACGAGGACAAAACGAAGAAAGUGAAUGGAAGAAUGUUUUACGCGGUGACUUCUGGAAAUUAUGUGAAGAGCAAGACAGUAUCAUGCCAAUUCUAAAACUCAGUUACCGCAACUUGUCGCCAGAAAUGAGACAAUGUUUUGCUUAUUGCUCUUUGUACCCCAAGGAUUCAAAAAUUCCAAAGGAUGAGUUGAUUCAAUUAUGGAUGGCACAGGGUUACCUUAAAUGUUCGACUGAAAAACAGCAAAUGGAGGAUGUCGGCAAUCAAUUUGUAAAGAUAUUUUUGAUGAACUCAUUUUUUCAAGAUGCGGAUAGUGAAUACGGUGAGAUCAUUAGCUUUAAAAUGCACGAUUUAAUGCAUGAUCUUGCGAUGCUAGUAGCUGGCAAUGAUUAUUGUUACUUUGAUAGAAAGGCAGAAAAAGUUGAAGGUAGACCCAUGCACGUAUCAUUGGAAUCCUAUGAGGCCAUUCAUUUGUUGAAAUCAUUAGAUCCGAGCAGGCUGCGAACUUUGAUUUUGCCGUAUUACUUGGAAGAGGAAUAUUUGUCGGUUAUUGCUGAGUUCAAAUACUUGCGUGUAUUGAGGAUGCAUAGUCUAUCUGAUUCCACCGAACAUUUGAAGCAUUUAAGAUACCUUGCUCUAGCGCAACAAACAAGUCUUCCCAAAUCCAUGAGCAAUCUUGUUUUCCUACAAACAUUAAAAUUGGAGAAAAAUGUUUCUUUCCCACAAUCAUUAAAAUUGCGGUGGUGCUUUGAAGAUCCAUUUUCAGAAGUAGUCACAAAAUUGGUCAAUUUGAGGUGCCUUGAUACUGUUUACCGCUUGAAUGGAAUGGCAGUUGGGUUGGGAAAAUUAUACUCUAUGCAAUUUUUAUCGAACUUUGUUGUGGGAGACAGCCAAGAAAUAAAAUAUGCCACAUUAAAUGAACUGAAGGACUUAAGUCUCAGAGGCAGAUUAAGAAUUGAGCAUCUCAAUCGUGUCAGAGAAGUGGCUCUUGAAUCACAGCACGUAAAUUUAAAAGAAAAAGAAUUCCUUCAAUCCUUGACUCUGGAUUGGUCUCGUGAAGACCUCUGUUACAGUGACAGCUUGCAAUUAUUGGAAAACCUUCAGCCCCACCGUAAUCUUAAGCGAUUGGAGGUGAAUCAUUAUCUAGGCGUGCUUUUACCAAAUUGGUUUUCUCUCCUCACAAAUGUUGUUCACAUCACUCUCAAUGGGUUUGAUAAUUGUCGCUGUCUCCCACUAUUGGAACGUCUCCCUUACCUGAAGUCACUUGAUGUAGAGUUUCUUCGCGAAUUGGAAUAUAUAUAUACCUACGAAGAUGGUUUUGGGGUAACCUUCUUCCCCUCUUUGGAGAGCCUCAAAUUGUGGAGUUGUCCCAAGCUCAGGGGAUGGCGGAGGCGGGGAGAUGAUAUCAAUGAUUCACAUAAUCUCUCCUCUUCUCUUUCAUUUCCUCAUCUUUCUCAACUAAAAGCCCAUUGCUGUCCACAGUUGACUUGGAUGCCUACUUUUUCAAAAGUUAAGGUUUUAAAAUGGUUUGAAUGCAGUGCAGAGCCAUUUAAAGGAACACUAAACACAGCAGCGUCAACAUGUUCAGCCGACUCAUCUUCCUCUGCUGCUCCUCUUUCCAUGCUCAAACAAUUGACGAUUUCUGAUUUUAUGAAUUUACCGGAAGGUUGGAUGCAAAAUCUGACCUCUCUCGAGUCUCUUCAAAUUGAGGAGUGUAAAAGUGAAACACUCAUGGAAUUUGAAAUUGGCUUUAAGGACGACACCAUCUGCCUUCCUUCUCUGCGAAAAAUCAGCAUAAGUUGGUGUAUAGAGCUAAAGGCUUUGCCAGAUUGGAUUUGCAGCCUCUCGUCGCUUCAGCACAUCGAGAUCUACGGUUGCUCAAAAUUGGCAUCGCUGCCCGAAAGAAUGAAUGGUCUUGCCAACUUAAAGAUCUUUGAGGUCAGAAAUUGUUGCCUCUUAAUUAAAGAGUGCCGGAAAGAGAGAAGUGUUGUUAGUCGCCGAAUCGCACACAUCCCACAAAUAAUCCUUCAUGAUUACUGAUAAUAAAGAUACUCAUCUGAUGCGUAUUUAUUGAGUGUAAACGUCGUGUAUUGUAUUUGCUUUGCCAAUAAAAUAC